GUGCGCCGGGGCUGSCGAGCCGCUCGGUACAAGUUUACCGUGGCGGCGGUGCCGGAGGGAGCUCGGGGCGGCAGCGCCCGGCGGCAGCAGCGGGGCCCGGUGCCCGAUGCCCGCCUGGGGCUGACCGGGCGGGAGYGCUGCCAUGAGCGGAGCCCGGCGCCUCGCCCAGGGAGCUCUGCCGUCCCGCAGUGAGCGCUCUGCGCYGAGUGUCUCUUGUUCCUUGCAGCAYGCUGCCAGCUGGUACCUCCCUCCUUGCUGAAGCGUAGCUGGGGAGGGGGUGGAAGGCAAAGGAAGUUUGGUGUUUAAUUUUUUUUUUUCUUUAGAGUUUGUAGAGGGAUUCCCUGUGCCUCCCAGCGCGGAGGGCUGCAGGACAGAGCGCGGUGGCGGAGGGGAGAGGGGCGCAGCUGGGAGCGGCUGUGCGGAGCCGUGCCCCCGCCGCCCCGUACCUGGGGUGCUGGAUGCGAGCUCCGCGCAGCUCCGCCGAGCGUAGCGGCGCGGCAGAUGCAGAUGCGUGCGUGUGUGUGUGCUUAACCCUUUCUUGGCUUCUCGGAUUUGUACCAUGCUGAAGAUCCUCACCAAAAAGCUCAGGAACCAGAGUUUGAACGAAAUUCAGCCUUUCCAGCUAAAGAUCUCCUAUCCCCCAAGUGAUGAGGACAGCGAUGACUCUGAGGGAGAGAACCAGGAACUUGCUCAGAUCGACAGAGAGAGAAGACGGAAUUGUACCCUGACUCCUCUGGCCACCAACCAGCUCCAGAACCAGGAGAACCAGUGCUGCAAGGUUCGGGCCCUCUUCCAUGCCAGCCUCGACCGCCACAGCUCGGAAGAGGAGCUGGAGCGCAUCAACCGAGAGUUUGCGGCAGAGAAGCGGAAGUGGUCGCAGGUCAGCCGGCUGGCUUGCUGCAGCGACGGCAACAACACCUCCUCCAGCGACGAAGAAGUGAAAAACUUGUGCGCCAUGUCGUUCCGGCCCGUGGCGGAGCAGGACGAUGGCCUGCAGGCCAGCCCCAGCCCCGUGCUGUUCAGUGCCUCCCCUCCCAAGAGACUCCAGCCCCUGGUGCGGAGCCCGGCCUCCAGACCUUUAAUCCUCACCAGCGUUGGGCCGGGCCUUGAGCAAGUCAUGCCUUGUAAGAGACAUCGACAGGGAUACGGGGAUAAGGUCAGCAGGCCCAGCCUUGACCUGGAAAAAAUGCAGCAGAUGCUGCUCAAGAAGAAUUGUGGAGCGAAGACUAGAGUAAUUAAAAUUCGUAGCAUCAACGGAGGCCGCCCGCCGCCCCACUUUAUGUACGAUCCCUCCACUUUUGCCUUCCGUUCCCUCAGCACCUUGAAGCCGCUGAGCCCGAUAGCUCCAGUGGAAGAACCGUCGUGUGCCUACUGAAGGAGUUUCUCCAAAAAAAACCUCAGGAACUAUCAACCAAUGUCCUGCCUGGCAGGGAGAAGGGAGGUGGUGAUAGCCAAGGGGAGGGGUGGGAGAAGAAGGGGCCAAUGACACAUCUUUGCAGUGCAGCCACUCGGGCAGGAGGAAGCAAAUGGCUUUGCAGCAGCAGCAGCACCUGUUCUCAUGCCACUGAUGUAUCUGAGCAGUGGCAGAGGGAGUGAGUUUUGUCUUUCAGGGCAAAGUAAACCAGUCAGGUUCACAAACUGCAAGAACUGCCACCAAGGCAGUGUCAGACAUGAGGAUGGUGGUAAUUGAGGAAAUCCAUGAGGCGUGCAGGAGUUAUUAUGAUGAGUGAUCAAGGUGUGAAACCAACUCCAUUCAAUUUCCCGAGGAUACCUGGGUCUACAGUGUUUUGCUAUAGACCUGACACUUCUUCCACUCAGAAGUGACCUCAGGAUUGAUGAAAUAGUCUAUACAGAGCUGCUUGUGAAAAAAGAAGAUCCCUCUCAGAGAUUUGUUAUAAUUGCAUUCACAUCAAGCUCUCUUAAGUGGAAAACCCUMGGACAGGAAGGUGUGUGGAUGGAUAACUGGCACAGCUAACUGUGCAUUCCAGAUGAUCUGCUGGGAGUUCCGUGUUACUGUCCAAAAAGAGAUUGAAAUGGGAGAUGUGAGACAUCCAUAUGUAGAUCAGGGUUUAGAAUGAAAGUCUAAAAUUCAUUUGGGGGUGACUGUAUGCUCGUGGGUCUCAUCUCUGCUGAGGCAGUCUGUGUUCUGGKGUGUGUAACACUUCUCCAUAGUACUGUCCCACUACAUGAUGGURGGGGUAACUGGUACCACCAAACUCAACCCAAUUUAAUAUCUCCAGCAAGCUUUCCACUUCCCUUGUUUAUUCUAGCUGUUAAAUUCAGGUAGACUCUUCUGGUAUCAGUGGAACAGUAUUCCCAGAUGAGGCAAGGAAUGGGAAGCAGUCGAUUUUGUGGCUGUUGGUGGAAGAAAUGGGAGUUUGGGUGAAGGUUGGGGGUUAUUUCUCCAUAGACAGUUCUGAGGCUGUUAGAACCRUGCUAGGCCUUGCUACCACUGGUGUUUGACUGGGAUCUCUCCCCAAGGCAUGUGUGUGUUUUGUGCCACAAGACAGGAGGUAAUAGAACAAAUUCCCACGUCUCCUGUUGAGGCAGAGAAAUGAGGCCUUUCCUCUUGCUGUGCCUGGUGGAGAGAGUAGUAACCUCUUCAUGAAGGUAUUCCCUACCAUAACUCUGUAUCUGAGUGCAAGGGGAAGCAGUAGUUUGCUGUUUGUCCAGAUCAAGAGGAGCAACUGUGAAUAACACAAAAAUAAUUUUUGGUUUUUAAAAUCUUCAGUGUGGAGGUCUUCAAUGCUGCUCUGUGGUUGAGACCMAUGGUCAGUCCAGCUGCUGGUAGGAGGCCACUCAAUGAACUGGGCUGGGCUCUUUGCUGAGACCCUUGGGGAAAGUCCAGAGGCUGUAGGCUUGAGGACCUGAAUCCCACACCCCAUGUUCCUCUCCCUAACUCCUGUCAUUCAGGCAGGGCGGGGUGGUGAGGGGAUGUCAGUCCUGRUCUGUCCCAGCUCUGCCUGCUUUUUGGCUCCAAACUGUAACWGCUGGGCCACCCCCUGCACCAGCACCACCUCCAAGAGGUCACUUGUGUUAACUGAUGAGGGACCUCUGGCAGACAACCAUGGUUCCCUGCAAGGCCCUUUUCCCAAGAGAGCCUAAUUCCUCUGCUGAUUCCUCCUGCCCCUGUAGAAAUUCUGCUUAUCUUGUUUUGAUGGCACACCUCAGCUUUUAAACUGCUGYCAGCUCAAGCUGACCAGUGCAGACAGGAAGCGUUGCUCCUUUGGACCAAAUCCCUGUGCUCAGGAGAGGGGACAGCCAUAGCCUGGUACCCAUCUAGGAGGCACAUUCCUUGUGCAAAGGGCUGGGGUGGCAGCCCCUGCAUGGCCCUGCAGCCUCAGGCUUUGCUCAGCAAGAGCUGUCGAGGUGCUGGGGUGUGUUCCUGCCAGCCCACAGGUGGGGCAGGCUGCCUUGCCCYGGGUGGGAGCAGGGAACAGGGAUGUCCUGCCGAUAUUGUUGCCUUUUACUACUUUUGUAACUUUUUUUCUGUCUUUUCAAUCAGAAGGAAAAAUAAUUAAAAAAAAAAAAAUCCACAAUGAAAUAAAGUGUAACAGCUGCUAU